AUGGCCUCUCCCUCCAACUUCGUCCAGCUCGCAAAGAGCCUCCCAGAGCCGCUGCAGCGCUUCUUUGCGCGCUGGCCGCCCGCGGCGCUCGUCGCACCCGGCACUGCUCCGACGCCGUUCCAGGAGCAACGGCCGAAUCCCUUUCGAUUCUACAAGCACCCCGUGACUGGGAGAUGGCAGGAUCCCGUCUACUCGCAGCGGAGACAGGCGCAUCUCGUCAAGCUUGCGCGGGAGCACGGCGUUGAAGAGCUGCUGCCGGAGACGACCAAGGGCACCGAAUACCAGCUGGCUCAUCGUGUUGAGCAUGGUCUGAGAGUCAAGGGUACGGGUGUGGGACAGAAGGUCAAGGGUCACAUCCACGAACGACACAUGAUUGCAAAGAUGGAACAGAGGAGAAAAGCCAUGCUGGAUAUGCCCAGACUCAUCCGGGCCUGGAAAAGUAUCGGGAAGAGAAACUGGACCAAGUUUCCGAAAUAA